AAUAAGGAAAAAAUUACCUAUUUUUCAAAAAAUAUUUUUUAUGGAAAUAUUUCACUCAUAUCAAUAUAUAUAGAGCGGAGCUAGAAGGCGAGAUAUGGGUACAGCUUAGUAAUUAUAAUCCAAACUUUAUAUUUAUAAAUUUAUUAAAUAUGUUCGAAAAUUAUAUUUGUAAUCCGAUUUUAGACUUCUAAUAUGUAUAGUGUAUAAAAUUAGAUGAUUUUUGCAGCACCGUUUAGUUCCCUCUAAUUAAGAAGAAGACCGGUCGGACUGGACAGACCCGGUCGACGGUUAACCAGUUGCCGGUUCAUGUCCGUUCCCGACUUUCCACAACAUUUCUCCUUCAAUUCUCCAUCCAUUCAGUAGCCGCAAAAUAUCAGCAGCAGUAUUACUUAUCGGAGGGGCAUUUUCAUUUUCUUGCUAAAACCACAAAAUUCCCAAUGUCAGCUUCAAGCCCUUGUUCUCCAGUUUCAAUAAAACAAUGCCACCAACCAAUUUUGAUACCUCGAAUUCGUAAUAAUUUCCAAUCGAGACGAAAGCUGUUAUCAUUUGGAGUUAAUUUGUCAAAGAGAUUUUCAAUAAGGUGCAACGUUUUUGGUGAAACGGAGAGUGCCGGUUUAUUUGACGUGAGUAAUGCGAUUAAGGAUGAUAUAUUCGUGGGGUUUUUUCGAGAAGCUUGGCCUUAUUUUCUUGCGCACAGGGGCAGCACUUUUGUUGUUCUAAUCUCAGCUGAAAUUGUUGAUAGCAGCCCUCAUUUGGAUCCUCUUCUCAUGGAUAUUUCUCUACUUCAUGGAUUGGGAAUCAAGUUUGUUCUUGUACCUGGAACUCAUGUCCAGAUUGAUAGCUUUCUGGCUGAAAGGGGAAGUGAGCCCAAGUAUGUAGGCCGCUACAGAGUUACAGACCCUGAUUCACUGAUGGCUGCAAUGGAUGCAGCUGGGAGAAUUCGUCUUAUGAUAGAGGCAAAAUUGUCUCCUGGGCCGUCAUUGACUGGUGUCCGCCGACAUGGAGAAAAUAGUCGCUGGCAUGAUGGUGUUAGUGUUGCCAGUGGUAAUUUUCUAGCAGCAAAGAAGAGAGGAGUUGUAGAAGGAAUCGAUUAUGCAGCAACGGGUGAAGUAAAGAAGAUAGAUGUUUCUCGAAUUCGUGAGAGGCUUGAUCAGGAUAGCAUCGUGCUAUUGAGCAAUCUUGGUUAUUCCAGCUCUGGAGAAGUUUUGAACUGCAACACAUAUGAAGUUGCUACAGCUUGUGCAUUGGCUCUAGGAGCAGAAAAACUGAUUUGUAUUAUAGAUGGUCCGAUUCUGGAUGAGUCUGGCCGUCUUAUUCGUUUCUUAACUCUUCAAGAUGCUGACAUGCUGGUUCGCAAACGAGCAGAGCAAAGUGAGACAGCAGCUAAUUAUGUAAAAGCUGUCAGUCAAGAGGACUUCAAUUGUUUAGGUCACAAUGGUUCCAAUGGAUCAAUCUCCUACAAUAUGAAUGGUUUUAGCCAACAAUACAGUGUCACAUUUCAGAACGGUGUUGGUUUUGACAAUGGGAAUGGGCUUUGGUCUAGUGAACAGGGUUUUGCCAUUGGAGGACAAGAGAGGCUAAGCCGAUUAAAUGGUUAUCUUUCAGAGUUAGCUGCAGCUGCUUUUGUGUGCAGGGGAGGUGUUCAAAGAGUUCACCUGCUGGAUGGUACUAUUGGUGGAGUUUUACUAAAGGAAUUGUUCCAAAGAGAUGGAGUUGGGACAAUGGUAGCUAGUGAUCUUUAUGAAGGAACACGAAUGGCUAGGUCGUCAGAUAUUCCCGGGAUCAAACAAUUAUUACAACCUCUAGAAGACUCUGGAACAUUGAUCAGAAGGAGUGAAGAAGAGCUGGUGGAGUCGUUGCGCUCAUUCAUUGUUGUGGAGAGAGAAGGCCAUGUUAUAGCUUGUGCUGCUCUCUUUCCUCACUUUGAAGAAAAAUGUGGAGAGGUUGCUGCUAUUGCCGUUUCUCCUGAUUGUCGUGGCCAAGGACAGGGAGACAAGUUACUUGAUUACAUUGAGAAGAAGGCAUCUGCCCUUGGAUUGCAAAUGUUGUUUCUCCUUACAACUCGCACAGCUGAUUGGUUUGUGAGGCGUGGCUUUUCUGAAUGUUCCAUCGACCAUAUACCAGCGCAAAGAAGGAAAAAGAUCAAUCUUUCUCGUAGGUCAAAGUAUUACAUGAAGAAGCUGCUACCUGAUAGGAGUGGUAUACGUUUUGAUAGCCCUUUUUCAUAAGAACAUAAGAGGUUUCUGAUUGUAUAUGUAGUGCCGCUGCAAUAAUCUGGAUUUAAUGGUCGAUCCUUGUUAUUCUGUGACAGUUUAAGUUUAAGAAUCAUAGCAAAGAAGUGUAAAAUAGUGCCUGUAAAAUAAUUAUAAAGAUAAAAUUUUACUUUCCCAGGUAUGUAACAUUAUCUGCUUUAUAAUU